AUUUAUCACUCAAAGAAAAAAUUCCACGAAAUCGCAUUGUCGACGCAGUUUAUAUUACGAAGCAGAGCGACGUAGACGUGGCCCAAACAUUAAGCAACAAGUAGAACCAAAUCAAUCAUCCAAGCAAUGUGCGGAAUCUUCGCUUACCUAAACUAUCUGACGCCAAAGUCGCGUCAGCAGGUGCUGGAGCUGCUGGUGCAGGGACUGAAGCGUCUCGAGUAUCGCGGCUAUGAUUCCACUGGCCUGGCGAUCGAUUCACCCAACGAUGCUAACGAUAUUCUCCUGGUGAAACGCACUGGCAAAGUCAAAGUGCUCGAGGAUGCAAUUGCGGAGCAGUGCCAGGGCGCAGGCUAUGAUCAGCCCGUGGACAUACACAUCGGCAUUGCGCACACGCGCUGGGCCACGCACGGCGUACCCUCCGAGUUGAAUUCGCAUCCGCAGCGCUCGGAUGUGGAGAACAGCUUUGUGGUGGUGCACAAUGGCAUCAUAACAAACUACAAGGACGUUAAGACGCUGCUGGAGAAGCGCGGCUAUGUGUUUGAAUCGGAUACGGACACUGAGGUGAUUGCCAAGCUGGUGCAUCAUCUGUGGCAGUCGCAUCCCGGCUACACGUUCGGCGAGCUCGUCGAGCAGGCCAUACAGCAAAUCGAGGGCGCCUUUGCCAUUGCCCUGAAAUCCAAGCAUUUUCCCGGCGAGUGCGUGGCCUCGCGACGCGGCUCCCCGCUGCUGGUGGGCAUCAAGGCGAAGACAAAGCUGGCCACAGAUCAUGUGCCCAUACUGUACACAAAGGCGCAUCGUCCGCACGGCCAGACGCAGUUUCAGCUGCUGCCCAGCGGUCGCACACUCAACGUGGAUGUCAGCGCCGAGUUCCAGCCGCUGGAGCACAAGGAGGUCGAGUAUUUCUUUGCCUCGGACGCCUCGGCUGUCAUUGAGCACACCAAUCGCGUCAUCUAUUUGGAGGACGACGAUGUCGCUGCCGUCAAGCGGGAUGGCACUCUGAGCAUACAUCGCCUCAAUAAAUCAUCGGAUGAUCCGCACGCGCGCGAGAUAAUCACGCUGAAAAUGGAGAUACAGCAGAUUAUGAAGGGCAACUACGACUACUUCAUGCUCAAGGAGAUCUUUGAGCAGCCCGAAUCGGUGGUCAACACCAUGCGCGGACGCGUCCGUUUCGACACGCAAACCGUGGUCCUGGGCGGCAUCAAGGAGUACAUACCAGAGAUCAAGCGCUGCAGGCGCCUCAUGCUCAUAGCCUGUGGCACCUCCUACCACAGCGCGGUAGCCACACGCCAGCUGCUGGAGGAGCUCACGGAACUGCCCGUCAUGGUGGAGCUGGCAUCCGACUUCCUCGAUCGCAACACGCCCAUUUACCGGGACGAUGUCUGCUUCUUCAUCUCGCAAUCGGGCGAGACGGCGGACACACUGAUGGCGCUGCGUUACUGCAAGCAGCGUGGUGCACUGAUCGUGGGCAUCACCAAUACGGUGGGCAGCAGCAUCUGUCGGGAGUCGCACUGCGGCGUGCACAUUAAUGCGGGCCCGGAGAUAGGCGUGGCCUCCACCAAAGCGUACACCUCACAAUUCAUUUCGCUGGUGAUGUUCGCCUUGGUCAUGUCCGAGGAUAGGCUGUCGCUGCAGCAGCGCCGGCUGGAGAUCAUUGCCGGCCUCUCGCAGCUGGACAAGCAUAUACGCACCGUGCUGCAGCUGAACUCGCAGGUGCAGCUGCUGGCCAAGGAGCUGUACUUGCACAAGUCGCUGCUGAUCAUGGGGCGCGGCUUCAACUUUGCCACCUGCCUGGAGGGCGCACUGAAGGUCAAGGAGCUGACCUACAUGCACAGCGAGGGCAUAUUGGCUGGCGAGCUGAAGCAUGGCCCGCUGGCGCUCGUGGAUGAUGAGAUGCCCGUGCUGAUGAUCGUGCUGCGCGAUCCGGUGUACACCAAGUGCAUGAACGCACUGCAGCAGGUGACAUCGCGCAAGGGACGGCCCAUCAUCAUCUGCGAGGAAGGCGACACCGAGACCAUGGCCUUCUCCACGCGCUCCCUCCAAAUACCACGCACCGUGGACUGCCUGCAGGGCAUCCUCACCGUCAUACCCAUGCAGCUGCUCUCCUACCACAUUGCCGUGCUGCGCGGCUGCGACGUCGAUUGUCCACGCAACCUGGCCAAGUCGGUGACCGUCGAGUAGACGGGACAAAUCCCACACAAAUCCCGAUCGAAAACAAUUCCAUUUUAUUGACCGCUUAGGAUGGACUCUUUGCCGGAGCGUUAAGAUAUAUAUAUUUAGUCUAAGCUGAACAAUUAUAUAUAUAUAUAUCUAUACAUAUACCGAGCACUAUUGCAUUUUUAAGAUCUUUGUUCGUAAUUUUGUGCUGUAAAAACAAAAUAUUUAUUUGUGUCUGUGCAAUUCAAAUAUAUAUAAU